AUGGCAGUGGCUUUGGUGCUGCCGGACGCAGAGCCUCCCAUGAGGCUGAAGGAGGACCUCGACUCGGAUUUCCAGCUUCCGGCGUACCUCGAGGAGCUGCUGCAUGAGCUGGAUGUCUCACAACCUCUUCUCCGAGCGGAGCCUUUGUCCUUCAAGGUGGAAACUUUGGAAGAAGGCGAGGCAGAAUUUCAUCAGGAAAGCCCGGCAGAUGCUGAUGCGAAAGAGGCCAAGGAGCAGGAUGACUCCGAGGUCGUGGCAGCACUUGCAGCUGCCGCUGCGGUUCGAGCUGCGAAGUUGGCGGAGUUUGCCGACAAAACCGUCUUGGGGAAGCGGAAGAAGCAGCAACAUCGGAAGGCCAGGUUCCCAACCGGGCCCAUCUUCGAGCCUCAGAUCUUAUGGAAGCCAGAUGCAAAUGGCGGAAGGCCAGUGCCGAAGCGUGAAGACCUUCGAGCUGCCUUGACCUACCAGGAAAGCGGAACCGCUCCCAGGCCUUCCACGGUCCCCACCCCCCGGGGCCUGCGCCGGGGCCCACGACGCCACACAGGCCGGAAGACGGGACGAACUCUCCUGCAGGAGUCCCCAACCUUCCCCUUACCAAGUUCCCGACCCCAGACUACGGGUGCAUUGCCAGGGCUAGAGGUGCACGGAUUGGAGGUGGUCACCGGGGAUUCCAAAGUCCAUGGAGAGCUGGUGAUCUCGCCAAGGCCACCUUCGGCAGAGCGAAGGUCUUCUACACCAGACCGCGCUUCUGCCAGACUUGUGGAAUGCCCCAUGCUUGUUACAGCCAUGCCCGGCCCCUGCCGAAGUCCGCAGCCAAAGCCUCGGUAUAUGGCCCAAAGACACUCCUUCGGACCAUCGAACACCCUGGAAUCCUUAGCCUCAGUCCUACCUUUGGAGUCGGUUGCGGACGACGACUUCGACCGGCAGAUCUCGCCCCAUCCUGGAUUUCACUUUGGAGUCGCUCUGCGCCAUCCCCAGCUCCUUCUGCCCAUGCCGGGCCUAGGAAGCCCUAAAGGGGAGCCUGGCCUCGCAAGUCGUUCGGUACCUCCCGUGCGAGAUUUCGGUCUGGAACCCGAGGAGUCGAUGUUUGCAGCUCCGAGAAAUGGCGCUGCAGAAGGCGGUUCCGGGAGACAUUCUGCGGCAGCCUCUUUUGAGGUGCAACUCCCGCGGCUGCAGCAUCAGGCGACAACGGUCACAGAUGCCUGCUCAAGCAAUGUCUCGCAGGAGCUGCACUCGGAGGGCAGUGAGGGAACCUUCGGCCUGGAGUGGCCCGGCGAGGACAGCCAACUGCUGGGCCCUUUGCCCUCCUCGCCGAGCGCCUGCUCCCGCGACCUCGGAGCCGACCGCGAGGAGCCGGAGUUCAAGGACCGUGUGUUCACCGGCAGCACGGACAACGGCGCUCCGGAUCUGGACAAGGAGAACGAGAAGGCCGUGGCAACAGAGAGCCACCAUCAGGGCAGCCAAAACUUGCCAAUCUGGCAGGAAGCAAAUGUGUCCUACCAUUCGAUGCUCGAGGGUCUAGGUCCACGACGAGUGAGUGGGCAGGUCGAACCCCAAAACUCCGAGCUACCCGGGCGUGAAGACACCUUGGAGUUCGAAGCCUCCAGGGAAGAGGAGGUGCAGCUGGCAUAUUUGGUCCCACCCUGGUCGCUGCGAGAGCAUCUGCACCUGGACUCGGAGAGGUAUUUGCCACGCGACGACACGCCCAUGGACCCGGAAGUUUGCGCCAUUCUCAAGGGCUUGGAGAGAGCACCGGCACUCCAGAACUCGCGGCCCUCCUCUCGCGCAUCGCCGUCGCGCCCUGGCUCUGCCCGCCGAUUAUCUUCGAGCGACUUCGACUCCCUCGCGCCAACGGUGCAUGCCCCACGAGGUCUUUUCACUGCUGGAGGCCAUCGAAUGCGGCGCCACCUGGUGACCCCGAGCCCGACGUUGUCAAAUCCGGACUGUCCGGCCCGAGCUCGGACGCAGACCCCAACUCGACCAGAAGGCCGAAGCGGCCACAGGAUUCCUAGAGGGUUUAGGGUUAGGGGUUUAUGGGUUUAG